AUCUCCCGUAAAACGUCUCAUGUUGUUCUUCUCAUUCUUUUGGCUGGUGAUGUAGCGACAAACCCGGGGCCUUCAUCAUUCCAUCCCCCAACGAAAAAUCUUGGACAAGGUUUAAAUGCUCUCUAUCUCAAUUCAAGAAGUUUAAAGGCCUUCGUCCCGUCAGAUCAAGAUUUGUCCAAA